AUGGAGGGCGACGCCUCAACGCGCUUCCCGCCGGACGACCGCAUCCCCGACGUGCCCGCGAACGACCCGAUCCCUUCCGGCGAGCUCAUCGACGCGCGGUACUUCCUGUCGGGCUGGACGCUCGCUCGAUACACCGAGAGGUUCAGGCGCGAGUCCGGCGACGGGGAGGCGUCGUCGGCGGACGACUUGGGCGACGGCGCGACACCCGUGGGAUCCGGCGCGUUCGGGUGGACCGCGGAGGGCCCGCCCGGUCGUCGUCGCGCGCGUCGUCGCAGGCCGCGCGGCGUGCUCACGAUACCCACGCGCGCGACAGUCGGGCAGGCUCUGCGCGAUCUCGCCGCCGCGGACGUGCUCGCCGCGCCCGCCGUGGACGCCGCCACGGGCGAGUACGCCGGGUGGAUCAGCGUCGGCUCCUUGCUCGAGCAGAUACUCGGCGCGAUGUACCCCGCGCUCCUUGACCCGGAGUUCGUAUCACAGGCAGGGUGA